ACUUCUGACAGAUCCGUAAUAACAUCAAAGUAGGAUAUUCUGAUAUUCAUUACAAUUUAAUUUACAAUAUUUCCGAAGCAAAUAUUCAUGUAAUACAACAAAUUGUGGUAACAUAGAAAACUUAAAACAUGUCGAAAUCAUCGACGAGAUUUGAUGUGAAAAAAGUUAAUUCCGAACUAAUAACUUUAACUUAUGGGGCUUUGGUGGCGCAAAUGAUUAAAGAUGUGGAUAAUGUGGAUGAUGUAUCGAAGCAACUGGAGCGGCUCGGUUACAACAUGGGCAUUAGACUGAUCGAAGACUUUCUAGCCAAAACAAACACGGGGAGGUGUCAAGACUUGAAAGACACGGCAGACAAAAUUCAAAGUGCUUUCAAAAUGUACUUAGGGAUUCAACCGAAUGUUACUAAUUGGAGUCCAUCGGGAGACGAAUUCUCCUUUAUAUUGGACAACAACCCGCUUACAGAAUUCGUUGAACUUCCAGACGAUAUUAAAUCUUUAAAGUAUUGCAAUAUAAUUUGUGGUGCUAUCAGAGGGGCGCUUGAAAUGGUACAAUUAGAUGUUCAAUGUUGGAUUAUUCAGGAUCAGCUAAAAGGUGAUCAAAAUACGGAAAUCCGAGUAAAGUUUAUCAGAAGACUCGAAGAUGCCAUGCCUGCUGGAGAGGAUUAGUAGCAAUUUAUCGUAAUUAAGUACCAUUUUCACAUUUUAUUCCAUACUGUUUUAUCUUACAUUCAUUAAAAGAUAAGUAUGAAUACAGUCCUUAUAAAUUUUUGUUAAUACAAUUAAAAAAGUACCUAUAGCCUACAAUAAAUUUGUAUUUUUAUGUAUUAUUUCAUUUUUCGUUAUAAAAUACACUAAUGAAAUAAAAUAUUUGUUUUGAAAUAUGUAUAAACUAAACACAAUUAUCCCCUAAUUAUUUAAACUUGAAAAAUAAAUUAGUGGCUACUUUAAUCCUACAUUAGGUUCCUGUUCUAAUCACUCUCACUAUUCUCUUCCUCAUCUUCAUCAGAAUCUUUAAGAGCAUUCCCUAAUUUACCUUUCUUCUUUGUCCUGCUAUUUUCAAUAUCCGAACCUUCUUCGUCAGAUGAGUAAAUUGCCCCGCCU